AUGCUGGACGAAACGACUCCGGCACCGCCAGAGGCUGGACAUCCUGCUCCACAGGAGCCUCAGGAGAAUGAGUCCAAGAUGAUUACUGAGCAAACUCCUGCUCAGGUGCCGCUGCCGGAGGAGCGAAAGGCACCCGAAGAACCCGCGCCGCAGCCCCACCCGACACGCAACAACUCGGAUCCUAUUCCCCAGUCGGACGAUAAGCAAGAGGAGGACACCAAUCAGCGCUCUGGAAGUGCGCCUGCAGAGGCACCCAAGAGCACGGACGAUACCAAUGCCCAAGAGUCUGACCCCGCCAACCCGGACGUACAGCAGCAGAUGCGCGAACAGGAAACAACGCGUCUCAUGUGGCUCUCGCUACCCGAGAACGACCAGUCAGCCUACUACUCCGAUCCCGAUGAGGAUGAAACGCCAGACUAUAACGAUCCAGGCCCGUCCCAGUAUACCAACCGCAACCACAAGCUGCGUACCAAGGACGGCAUGCGCUGGAUCCACCGUGGAAAAUUGGGUGACUGGACAGAGGCGCGUGCAGAGCGCGAGCUCCAGGAGCGUGAGGAACGGAGAAUCGAUGCUUUCCAGCACGCCAGUGUCGAAGCGCUCCUAGAGGCUGAGGCACACAUGCCGGGGGGUCUCGGUGGCAUCUGGCGCGAACCUCCUCGCUUCAAACGCAGGCGGGUCGGCGUGCCGACGGCGCGGCGGAACAAACUGCGCACCGAGAGUAUGGACCCUGAAAACGAUCUUUUGGGCGACGACUUGGACGAAGAGGAGCGCUUGUCGCUUAGCGCAGCCACCUUGGCACCGUCGCUCCUCCUCCCGGUGCUCAGCCCUCGGGACUUGCUGCAGAGCAAGCUGCUCAAGCAGAUCUUUUGUAACCCGCACAUUACAGCCCUGAGCCGUACAGCACUGGAUCUGCGCGAAAGCGAGCAUGCAAUGAACCGUGCAUUGGGCCGCUGCUUUGGGGCCAUGGAACGCAUUUUUGAUUCGGACCCACGCGAGGUGGAUGCGAUUGCGAUCGGCUCUUUGCGCAAGCCUCAGGAGGAGAGCGAGGCGCCCGCUCCUGCUUCGGGGGCUCUGGCCGUCAAACAACAAAGCGAAAAGGCGAAUGCCGCGCAGGACGAAGCGCAUGCCGGAAGCGAGGCGAUGGAGCAGGACCCUGUGCCUCAAGACACCAAGGAGGAGCCGGAGCAGAAGCAAGAAGAGCCGAAGCAACCACCUUCAGAGAGCUGCCCGCCGCCGCCGCUGGGCCCGAUGGAUAUUGCGCCGCCCUUGGCCCAGAUUAACAACCUGUUCCUGACUAAGGAGGGGUUGACUAUCCCGGUGCCCGAAUCUAUGGGCGAAGCGGGUGAGGGCAAUACUUUGACGCUCUCGGAAGAGGACCAGCGCGAAAUUGUAUAUGGAAGCCUCGAGUCGCUGAAUGAUUUGUACUCGGACAGCCGUGAAUAUAUGGAGCGCCUCGAAGAGGUGCGUGCCAUGCUCGCAGACGUCGAGUGGCACCGCGGGCAUAUUUGGAAUAUCCUUCGAAGCUGGGCGUCCAAGAAGGACAACGAGGAGUACCAAGCAACCAAGAUGUACCGGGAUGCGCGGAAGAAUAUGCACAACGUUCCCGAACUAUGA